CUCUGCCUUAUUCUCUCUCUGAGAUAGAAGAAAAUGGAGAUUUCCUUCUCAUCAAUGGCGGCUUUGGCGGCUUCAGCCGUUGCGUUACUGUGGUUAUGGAGAUUUGUGAAGUGGGUUUGGCUUAAACCUAAGAUUCUGGAGAGCUACCUCAGAAGACAAGGCCUUGUCGGAACUCACUACACUCCUCUUGUCGGCGAUGUGAUAAGGAACUACAGCAUGCUGUCGGAAACAAUAUCCAAACCCAUGAAUCUGACGGACGACAUCUCUCCACGUGUCCUCCCUCUCGCCAAAAAUAUGCUUAGGACUCACGGGAGGAUAUUCUUCACGUGGCUGGGACCUGUACCAGUGAUUACACUGGCAAAUCCUGAACAGAUCAAAGAAGUGUUUGACAAAGUUUACGAUUACGAGAAGCCGCAUGCAUUCCCUUUGCUCAAAUUGCUGACAAACGGACUCGUGUAUUACGAUGGAGACAAAUGGGCGAAACACCGCAGGAUCAUCAAUCCCGCUUUCCGCCUCGAGAAGAUCAAGAACAUGGUCCCUGCAUUCUACCACUGUUGCAGUGAGGUAGUUCAAGAAUGGGAGAGACUAGUUGCCGAUAAAGGGUCAUCAUGCGAGGUGGACGUUUGGCCGUGGCUCGUGAAUAUGACAGCGGACGCGAUCUCACGGACCGCCUUUGGAAGCAGCUAUCGAGAAGGACAGAUGAUUUUCAAACUCCAAGCCGAACUAGCUCAGCUCAUUGCGCAAACCUUUCAGAAAGCUUACUUCCCUGGAUACAGUUAUUUUCCGACCAAGAGUAAUAGAAGAAUGAAAGAGAUAGACAGAGAAGUACGAGUUUUACUAGGCGGGAUCAUCGACAAACGAGGGAAGGCGAGGGAAGAAGGCGUGGAAGCACCGAGCGAUGACUUGUUGGGAGUACUUCUCGAAUCGAAUUACGAGCAAUCCAAGGGGAACGGAAUGAGCAUCGAAGAAGUGAUGCGCGAGUGCAAGCUGUUCUAUUUCGCCGGGCAAGAAACCACGGCGGUGCUGUUAGUCUGGACAAUGAUACUGUUAAGCCAGCAUCAAGACUGGCAGGCUCGGGCCAGAGAGGAAGUGAUGCGCGUUCUCGGUGACCGGAAACCCGAUGCCGACAGCCUCAACCAACUCAAAGUUGUAACGAUGAUAUUGUACGAGGUUCUAAGGCUGUACCCUCCGGUGCCUGAGCUGAGCCGAGCGGUCAAUAAGGAGACGAAAUUCGGAGACCUGACCCUUCCGGGAGGCGUUCACGUUGCUCUAUCCAUUCUGCUCGUCCAGCGUGACGCCGAGCUGUGGGGAAGAGACGCGGGAGAGUUCAAACCCGAGAGGUUCAAAGACGGCAUCUCAAAGGCGACGAAGAACCGGCUUUUGUUCUUCCCCUUCGGGUGGGGACCGAGGAUUUGCAUCGGCCAGAACUUCUCCAUGCUUGAAGCCAAGAUGGCCAUGGCUAUGAUUCUGCGCAGAUUCUCUUUCGAGCUCUCCCCUUCGUAUGUUCACGCUCCGUACAACGUCUUUUCCAUUCAUCCUCAGUUUGGAGCGAAUCUCGUUCUUCGUAAGUUAUGAGAUUGGUUUCGCUUCGUAAGUGUGGAAACUAUAGCUUUAGUGAGGGAAUGUAUAAUAAAUAUUUUAUAAUAAUUAUAAUAAGAAUGGACAUUUUUU